AUGCGCAGAAAGGCAGAAAUUGAAAGCUCUUGCUCCAAGUUCGCCGGGCGACAAAUAUUGGCGGGGCAGUGCCGGGUCACGCGUGCCGGAGAGACGCUAGGGCCACUUUCGGAAAGGGUGGAGACAUGCGGCCGGCGUGGAUUGGCCGAUCCGGAGGCUGAGAGUUGUGAAUGGCGUUCUGCCCAGAAGCUGGGCGGCGACGGUAGAUUGAGUGGAGACGACACCACUUUACCUUACGGAGGACAAUGUAAGAAUAUGCACGAGCGGUUGGAGGCGCAUUCUCAAGAGCGGAGUCAAUGA